AGGGGUUGUAACAGUGGGAGUGUGUGUAGGGGAUGAAUCCUGAAAAAGAAAUAAAUAAAUAGGGUUUGGACAACGAAGAGUGACGUGGUUGUGGGUAGCGGCAGGGGUUGCUUUGGGGAAGUAAAUAAGGAAAAAACCUAAGGGUAAAAUGGUAAGAGGGAAAAAGAAACAGAAACAUAUGAAUGGAAGGGGAAGCAAGACGAAGGAAAAACCCUGAUUAUAGUGGAGGUGAGGGAGAGAGUGAGAUCUGUGAGAGAACAGAAGAGAAGAGAAAGAAACAGUGUUGUUCGAUGUUCAUUCCAUUCCUCUGAGAUUGCAGAGAAUCUAUAUAUGUGUGUAUCGUAAAGGUAUCUAUCGGAGUGAGAGAGAGAAAAUCUGGGUGAUGAGGAUCCGCAAGAACGCCAAGCUUUCCCCUCUUCUGUUCUCGUCGUCGUGCACUGUAGAAGGUGGUUCCGUUCCGGUGGAGACGCACGUGUGCCAGCUGAACCAGUCGCCAUGGGAUGUCAUCCCCUUUCAGUAUGACUCCUUCCAGUUCGACCACGCCACCGCGCCAAACGACAAUGCCCAUUCCUUCGCCGCCGUUCAAAGCGUCUCUUCCAUGAAAACGGAACGCGCCUCGGUGGUUGACGACGAUGAUGAUAAUGAUAAGGUGGUGGCGCGGCUGGACGCCACUGUGUUGAACCCUUGCCAAGGGAUUGACGAGAAGGGUCGGGCAUGUAAGAAUGAAGCCAAGCAAAGGCAAUCAUUCUGCGAGCAGCAUUUGUCUUUGUCUCAGCUGGCUUCCUACACCAGUAAGAAAUCGCAAGGUGGGACUCGCCGCGUGAAGACUCGGGGCGCGGGGAAGAAGGCGGCGGGAACGGCUGCGGCCAGCUCGAACCCGUAUGAAUUCUACUACUAUUCUGGGUUCGGACCAUCGUGGGGGAAACGAAGGGGCGAUAGGAACGGGGAAGGGAGCAAGAAUAAUGCGGUUGGGAGUGAGAAUUCGAGGAUGGCGGAGUCGGGUGGUGGCGGUGAUGAUAAUGCGGGUGGCGGUGAAGUUGGUGGUGGGUCGGUUUCGGAGAUGGAGAAUGAGGGGAUUAUUGAUUAUGUUUCGGAUGAUGAUGACGAAGAAGAGGUGGUGGUGGAGGACGAUAGUGGGAAGAAGAGAACGAGGAAGCCUGUGAAAGCAAGGUCGCUGAAAUCUCUGAUGUGAAGAAGCGAAGAUUGGAGUGAUAUAGUAAGAUCGAGGGUUGGGGUUGAAUGUGUUUUGUGAUUAUCGUAAUUUGUUCUUGUCUUUUUAUUAUUUUUAUUAGUAUUAUUUUGGGUUUUGUGUUGUUGGAAUGGGAUAUUUAGGGUUAUGAAAAUAAUGAUGCUAAUUUUGGGUUCACAUGAGAAGGAGGAGUAGUAGGGGUGAGGUUAGCCUUGCCAACAUGAGGUUUUUUUCCAGUGUGAAUGAGGUGGACCGUAAAAACUCUGUAAUGGCUGUAUUCGUAAAUUCACUCUUUUUUAAUGUAUUUUUAUUUUUUACUUUAAUAUUUAAUAUAACUUAACUUUAUCCAGAA